AUGUUUUCGCCGUUUACGUGGUGUUUUUUUAAUGCAGCUGACGAUGGAUAUGAAAGCUUCUCAGUAGUAUCAGAGUACUUCGGGCGCGGUCUCUUCAACAAGCUGACGGUGGUGACCGAAGCCCCGGAGACGCCCACCGCGGCGCCCGCGGCCGCGCCCGCGCCCGCCGGGCCCGCGCCCCCUCCCGCACCCACGUACGGGCCCGGGGCUGAGGCUAAGUUGAGGUUGCAGGAGGGGCAGAGCAAACAAGUAUUUGUAUCAAACACAUCCAAGCAAUUAGCUCCAAAAGGUACUUCGGUGAUACCGGUACCAGAAGGCAGGAUGCGAGUCAUAGAACAACAACGGUACAGCUCCAGUUUAGAAGCUCAUCUGACUAGGUUAGAGCCGGAGACACACAAGAAAUCUCCUUUCGCAUCUCCCAUGGUUACUAGGAAAGAACCAAAGAUAUCAGCAGUCAUCAAUGAGAGUAAAGACAGUAAAAACCCCUUCGAAACUUACGAUGAGUCUAAGAACCCCUUCGCUGAUGAUUCACAUGAUACAACGAACCCUUUCGCUGAAGAUGAUGAUUAUGAUAAGAAUUUGAACCCCUUUUCG